CUCAGAACCUCAGCAGUGCUACUAGAAUGUCUCACAGCUUUUCCAGUUUUAACGACCAGGGUAUAGUCCCUGCAUUCCCUGGCCUAUCAGCUCGAAGUAUCCCUGAGAACCCAGACAUUCAACGUGAGACUCUGCGUUUGCUAGUGCAGUAUUCUGGGGUCUCCUCUCUGCCAGAGGAACCGUCAACUCCGGCCACUUCUGGGCAUCCGCCUCGGGAUACCUGGCAGACCCCACGGGCUGAGGUCCAGCCCAGUGGGGUAUCACCGGUCCAGAUACCACCGCGAAUUACGCGUUCCUCAAGUGGCAGCCGUGCCAUUCGACCUUCUUCUUCACAUUCUGUCGCUCUUUCCUCUGGCAGCCCAACCCUGGUUUCUCCUCACAAUUCCUCUCGCGCUUCCUCCUGCGCUCCUUCCCAACUUCGAUCGCCUCCAACUGUCUCGGUUUCAUCCUCAUACAGCAUCUCUCCCACUCAUCGCGAGCGGCAGCGAACUCUCAGGGAGAGUGUGGCAAUAUCAAAUGCCAGUAGGAACGAUGAGAUAGUUGCUCCUAUAUUCAAACAACAAUCCGCUCACCCAUCGGAUACUGUAUCAUCUGCCAAUAAAUCGCCUCAAUCCUCGCGGUCAAUAUCGCCGACAGUGGAACAAAAUCUCAUCCGUCGCUCCAGUCGGAAUAGGGCCAAACCAAUAAAUUAUUAUGCCAACCCUUGGGUUAAUCUUCGCCUUGAAUCUGAAGAGCCAGGCACAAAUGUCAAAGCUACUCAGGACCUAGUCGCGUCUGCUCCCAAGGAGCCGCGCCGUGUUUUACCACGCCGAGCAAAUAUCCAAAAGAUGCUAUACAAGCGUGAGCUUGGGGGUGGAAAUAAUCGCCCCAUCGUCACCGAUGUGGUCUCGGAUCUGAGGCGAUGGAAAUCAUGGCAAGGUGCUUCAGGCGAUCUGCUUGUUCUAGCUUGGUCGCCUGAUGGCACUCAGUUUGCGGCAGGUGCAGCAGCCAAAUCAGACGAACAUAAUAUGCAGUACAACAAAGCCAACAAUCUCCUUUUAGGCGAUCUUCAGUGCAAUCGUUUGAAAGAAAUUCCUGAUCAUUGGAUUCCACGACCAACAUCCUCAAUGGUUGAUGACCCGCGGCUUUUCAUGAGCGUUAAUAAUAUGCAAUGGAUUGGCAACCGACUCUACACUGCUAGUUUCGACAAAACUGUCAAGAUCUGGGACGUGGAAUCACUCUCUAACGUAUCCUGUACCUAUACCUUGCAGCAUGAAACCCGAGUGGCAGUGAUGUCCGUCUCGAAAUUUGACCCGAAUAUAUUGGCUACAGGGACAGAGUCAAUCUUGGUCUGGGACACACGAGAUCCGGAAAACUUAACAUCAACUCUUCUUCCCAUCGACCGCGAUGCACGAUAUAAGCCCAACUUUGAGUUUUCAUCAACGGCCCUGGCCUGGGGCCAUACUCCAUCCACUAAGGAAUUCUUAGCCGGCGGCCUCGCAGAACCAGGGGAAGAUCCAAUAUACAAAGGUCACUUAGGUUUGUGGCGAGCCCGCGAAUCUGCAUUUGAGACAGUCAGAAUUGCGUCCAACUCACAAAACGUCUUCGACAUUAAGUGGCAUUCUUCAUUGCCCAUCUUUGCCACGGCCAGCCCGGAAGACCCCCACAGCGCACGGAUCAAGGGCAUUGGUAUUACCACGAAGUCCAUUGUGAGGGUGUUUAGCCUCAACUGUGACCUCCAAAAGCGUGUACCUAGCAUAAUGGAAUUCUCUUGCCCGGCUUUGGAUGUCAAUGAGGUCAGUUUCUGUCCAUUGGAUUCUAACGGCACCUAUAUCACUGCUAGCUGCACGGAUGGCAAGACCUAUGUUUGGGACAAUCGGAAGGGUGACAGGAUUCUUCACCAACUUCAACAUAAUGCCCCUCUCAACCCAAUUGAUCACCAGCGAAGCCGGGAGACAGCAGACGUGGGGGUGAGGGUAGCUCUCUGGGGUUCAUCUAUGGACCAGUUCUACACCGGUGCGUCCGAUGGUGUCCUCAAACGAUGGGAUAUUCGCCGGUCACCUGAAGAUGUCCUUGUUGAGGAUGUCGCAUCUUUCGAUGAAGAGAUCAUGUGCGCUGCAUUCACCGAAGAUCAAUCUCAUCUCCUUGUGGGAGGUUCUGGAGGAGGGGUACACGUACUGUCAUCAGGACCUUGUUCGGACCCGAAUAUGACAACUUUCGACUUCGAACACGCCCCAGAGCCUGAAAAGCCCAGGGAUAGUGGUGUGCUUGCGGGAAACCAGCUUAUCUUAUCCGGCCAGGUCGUUAGGCAUGAGACAUUUGGUAUGGGCCAAGGGCCCUCUUACACGGGGCCCUUUGCCUCGUGGGCUCGGAAUAUCGCACCAGAGGUUUCUUCUGAACGAAUUGGGCAACUCCCUUUGCUCGAAAAAUUUCAAAUCCAACAGUUGGAUGGACCGCCGCCAGAGGAUCGUCAUGGACUCGACCUGAAUCAGCGACGGGAGGUUGAAAGACAGAUACAACUUGCGGAAAUACGAAAUCGAGGAUUCCAUAAGAGAAAACGCCAGGAGCAUGAUGAUCCUUCUACGUAUAUCUCAAAUCGCCCCGUAUUCCUGUCUUCUCUCGGCUCUUCCCGCCCUGGGAAGAAGAGAAAGAAAAAGUUGAGAAAAUCGAAGCGAGAUGAUCUCGGUGAGAAUGAAGGGAAGGCCAAGAAAAAAUCUCGCACCAAAAAGAAGGCUCGCAGGGUCCCGAUAAUCAGCAACACUGAGGAUGUUGACCUCACCCUCCUAGACUCAGAUCCGGAGAUAGAGACGUCCAACCGGCAUCGGUUUGACCUUGAAGAACUACUUGAAGUCCUCGAAGAAGAUAACUGGUUCCCAGCCAGUGGAGAAGUCGAUCCCAAUAUCCAAAAGGAGAUCGUUUAA